AGUUGAGAACUGAGAAGUGGGUUUAGAAGUAAGAGAUCAAAAGAGAGAAGUGUUGUAGUGUGUAGUGUGUAACUUCAAUUGCGCGAACGAGCAAUAUUAAAAGAACGAUUGACCAGCAAUCGAUGGACGGAUAGUUAGGGAUCUUCUGUAAUGCUCUAUGUCGCUUGAAACCUUACGAGAACGUAAAAUCGUAUAGAGAAGUGUAAAACUAAUUUCAUUGACGGGGUGUAAAAAAAUUGUUACGGGUAGCGCCCGCCCUCUGUUGCCAGAAAAGAUGGCACCUUCGUGUUUCGAAGUGAUCCUCGUUGGUUUCAUCCUUGUAUUACCAUUCUUAUACGAAAUGAGCAGGACUUUUCGUUACUAUUUCAAGUUUCUCCUCUACUAUGGAUACGUGAUGAUGAAUUCAGUCACUUUACUCCCAGUUAUGGUGUUACGACCGCGGAACGUAAAAAACUUUAUAUUAGCAUCAUCUGUAUGUUCCUGUCUCACAAACUUCUUGGGAGUACGUUGGGAAUUAAGAGGAAGAGAACACUUAGAACAAGAAAGAGCAUGUAUAAUAGUAGCAAAUCAUCAAAGUUCUUUAGAUAUAAUGGGAAUGUUCCAAAUAUGGCCUGUAAUGGAAAAAUGCACGGUUGUAGCAAAAAAAGAAAUUUUUUAUGCAUGGCCCUUUGGUUUAGCUGCUUGGCUUUGUGGAUUGAUAUUUAUAGAUAGAAUGAAUUCAGAGAAGGCCCAUUCAGUUAUUAAUACUGCCACAAACCAUAUUAAAGAUAAAAAGAUGAAACUAUGGAUAUUUCCUGAAGGCACCAGACACAAUACUGGUAAAAUUCAUCCAUUUAAAAAGGGUGCCUUUCAUGUUGCAAUAACUUCUCAAUUACCUAUAUUACCAGUUGUGUUUUCCUCUUAUUAUUUUUUGUCUUCAGAAGAAAAAAGAUUUGACUCUGGUCAUGUUAUUAUUACAUCAUUACCACCAAUAUCUACAAAGGGAUUAAAUACAGAUGAUAUUGAGCACUUAAUGCAAAAGACACAAAGUCUUAUGACAGAAGUUUUUCAUGCAACUAGUCGUGAAGUACAAUUUUCAAGUAUUUCUGAUACUUUUUAG